UUUUUUCGCCUCUAAAUCACAUCACUCGCCAAGAUGCAGCUCUCAACACUCGUUCUUGCUGCUCUGUCGAGCUUGGCCUCUGCACAAAGGACAUGGGUCGUCUCGGUGGCACAGAACGCCAGCCUGACGUUCUCUCCUGACCGGCUCACUGUGCAACCAGGCGAGAUGGUGCAGUUCCAGUUUCUCGCAGGCAACCACACAGUCACCCAGUCGACAUUUGACAAGCCUUGCCAGCCCAUUGCCAUGAACAGCAAUGUGACGGGCUUCCACUCGGGCUUCCUGCCCGUCGCCGCGAGCGCUGCCAUGGGCAUGGUCCCGACCUACACAAUCCAGAUCAACAACACCAACCCUCUGUGGCUGUACUGCGCCCAGGGCCGUCACUGCGAGCAGGGCAUGGUGAUGGUUAUCAACGAGCCGGCCAACAACCCCAACCGCACCCUCGAGAAUUACAGGUCCCUGGCUGCCCAGGCCCAAACUGUCCUUCCCGGCGGCACCCCCGGCUCCGGUGGCACCACUGGCACCACCAACUCCCCGACCCAGAGUGGCGAUGCCGCAACCCCUUCCCAGACGGCCGCAGCUGGUAUGCUUACUGCUCCCGCCACGCUCGUGGUUCUGGCUGCCGCUGGUUUUGCCAUGCUGCUCUAGGUGGACCGGUGGUUGGUUUUGGUUCAUUUGUACAUUCUGGGAUUUUAAUGUUGAAGACGGGCGAUUCGCCUCUGGAUGGCGGUGGGCUCAAAGAUACCUUUUUGCAGGGGGCGUUUUUCUCUUCUACCACGGCAUUGUAGAUGUAAUGCGUGGGCGGCGUGUGUUGCAUAGGACUGCAUUCAAAAUAUAAAGCACAUGUGUUUCUUGGCGAAGCCUG